AGCCAUUUCCGCCGCUCAGCGCCCCGCCCCGCCCCGCCCCCCGCACCAUCGAGCCGAGUCCUCCGAGCGCCCCGAGCAGCGAUCCGCGGGAGGCCCCGCAGCCAUGCCCCUGGCCAGGGACCUGCUGCACCCCUCCCUGGAGGAGGAGAGGAGGAAGCACAAGAAGAAGCGUUUGGUGCAGAGCCCCAACUCCUACUUCAUGGACGUCAAGUGCCCAGGAUGCUACAAGAUCACCACCGUGUUCAGCCAUGCUCAGACAGUGGUUCUGUGUGUAGGCUGCUCAACUAUUCUGUGUCAGCCUACUGGGGGAAAAGCAAGGCUCACAGAAGGCUGCUCAUUUAGAAGAAAGCAACACUGAACAGUCUCUUCAACAUACAGCAGUGGAUCUGUGACUCCUGAAAGCCUUACCUGUUAAAAAAAAUGCUUGAUGUAACAAUGUAAUUAUGACUGACUUUGUGAAAAUGACACACUACUGGUGACUGAUCAGCUGGAAUCUUUUUCAAUAAAUGAUUUGAAGUGCAUUUUUUUUCCCUGUAAGUCGCAGACAGUUGAGCUCUAUUUUUACAGCUUUAAACAGUGUUUUGUAAUUGGGUGGUGUCAUUUAAUAUAAAAAUCUGAACCUUGGA